AUGCCUCAGUAUAUCGAGCGACCGGCCAGCGGCUCGAAGUCCCAAUUUGAGCCGGGCCACCAGAUUCCAAUCCAACACCUGUCAAAGCCCGGUCUGCAGUCUGACAUGGGAGAACCCAAGCCUGUGUCUACUCAUAUCCCAACCGACGACUGCGGCUACCAGACCUACAAAGCCGCUGGCAAGCUCGAAGGGAAAAGAGCGAUCAUUACCGGCGGUGAUUCCGGGAUUGGAAGAGCAAUUGCAAUCAUGUUUGCCAUGGAGGGUGCAUCAAGUUUGAUCAAUUACCUGCCAGAAGAAGAGUCGGAUGCGCAAGAGACUAAGAGGCGUGUUGAAGAGUGUGGCCAGAAGUGCCAUACCCUCGCUCUCGAUCUUCGCACGAGCGAGAAUUGCCAAAAAAUCAUCAAGACCGCUGUGGAAAAGAUGGGUGGCAUUGAUAUUCUUGUGAAUAACGCGGCCUUCCAACACAUGUUGAGUGAUAUCAGCGAGCUUACUGAGGAACAGUGGGAGCGCACCUUCUCCACCAACAUUAACUCGUUCUUCUACCUAUCCAAGUAUGCUCUACCUCACAUGAAGCAGGGAUCCACUAUUAUCAACUGCGCUUCCGUCAACCCUUAUAUCGGUCGAGGUGAUCUGCUUGAUUAUACCUCGACCAAGGGAGCAAUUGUGGCGUUUACUCGCGCCUUGUCAAACCAGCAGCUGAAGAAGGGCAUUCGGGUCAAUUGUGUCUGUCCUGGUCCAAUCUGGACCCCUCUGAUUCCCUCAACCAUGCAUACCUCCGCUAUGGAACAGUUCCAUACAGUGCCAAUUGGUCGACCUGGCCAACCCAGCGAAGUUGCGACAUGUUUCGUCUUCCUUGCAAGCCAGGACAGCAGCUAUAUUUCCGGACAGUGUCUGCAUCCUAACGGCGGUGUGAUGGUCAAUGGAUAA